CACUGACUGUACCUCAGCCCUGUACCAGGGACACACUGUGAGUUUUGUUUUACAUCUGUAACGUUAACACAGAUUAUAUUCAUACGAAUUUUGCUCGUAGAAAUGCUGCUGCACUAGCGUUAAGGUAGUGUUUAGCUGUCCCCAUAAUAGCUGUGCACAGAGCUACAGCUAACGUUAACUGUCAGUGCUGCUGCAAGUCAAAUGGAAUCUGAGAAUGUCUUCUUAACUGCCACAUUUUGCUUUUCACGUUUUGAGUGACAGCGAUAGCAGUACAAAAAAUAACUCUUAACCGUAACAAUACGGCAAUCGUCUGUAUUUUCUAGAUUAAAGGGUAACUUGUCUGGUGAGGUCUUACUUUGUUUUUAACUCAAGGGCAAUGGCUGGGGGCGCGGUGUUACUGGCGUUCUUGCCUUAUUCCUGCCGGGUAGCCCUGAGCCAGGCGUCUUUGGUUCCGAGAAUCGGCUGCGUCACCAAAGUUUGUGCGUCAGUGUUGCCUUCACUCUCCAGAUGGGAUUCACGGCCAGUCCGGGGCAUCCACCACACCCCGCCCGUGUGCGCUGGUCACAAUAAAUGGUCGAAAGUCAGAACCGUUAAAAUCCCCCGAGAUGCUGCGCGGGCAAGGAUGAUGGCGAAAUUGACGAUGAUGAUUCGGGUUGCUGUUCGAGAGGGGGGAACGAACCCCGAGUUUAACUUGGCGUUGGCCCAGAUUAUUGAACAGUGUCGGAACAAGAGCAUCCCGAAGGCCACCAUCGAGAACUCCAUCAAAGGAGCCGAGAAGUCCAAGGGAGGCACUCAGCACCUGUAUGAGGUCCGGGGUCCGGGCGGCUACGUGGCUCUGGUGGAGGUUAUAACUGAAAACAACAAUCGCGCCAACCAGGAGAUCAGACACCUCCUCAGCAAACACGGGGCGGCAGUGUGUGACGGGGCACGCCACAGCUUCAGCAGGAAGGGCGUCGUCAUGGCGACGCGGGGGGACAUGUCGUCGGACCAGGCGCUGGAUUUGGCAAUUGAGGCGGGAGCUGAGGAUGUGCAGGAGACAGAGGACGAGGAGGAGAGAGCCAUGCUGCAGUUCAUUUGCGGCAUGGCUGAUAUGCGGGGGGUCCGUGCGGAGCUGGAGAAGCUGGGCGUAACCACGGUGUCGUCGGGGCUGGAGUACGUCGCCACGGCAACGGCGCCGCUGGGCGAGGAGCAGCUGAGCGAUGCCCAUGAGCUUCUGGAGGCGCUCAAGGACUACCCUGAUGUGUUGUGUGUGUGGGACAACAUCGAGGCCAGGGACUAAACCCUGAUGUGUUGUGUGUGUGUGUGGGACAACAUCGAGGCCAAGGACUACCCUGAUGUGUUGUGUGUGUGUGUGGGACAACAUCGAGGCCAAGGACUAAACCCUGAUGUGUUGUGUGUGUGUGUGGGACAACAUCGAGGCCAGGGACUAAACCCUGAUGUGUUGUGUGUGUGUGUGGGACAACAUCGAGGCCAAGGACUAAAUACCCCCUCCUCUCUCUCUCUGAGGGGAGGGGAGAGAUGGACCGAUGGUAGACAGACAGACGGACAGACGGACAGACGGACAGACGGAAGGAAGGAGAGUCGAAGGAGAGUUGAAGCAUUUUGGAUUUCAGGAUUCUAUUCCAGAAUGAUACAGAUGUGCAGACAGAGGAAUGUGGAAUCCUGGAGGAA